UGGCCGCGACGCUCAUGUACCAGUACACCCACUCGGAUAUUCUCCUAGCUCAUACCUCCAUCUCGCCAGUCCCCCGCGCCAUCGACAUGUCCUCCAUCCCUGCGCCCCAGCCGCGCUCGUCGACUGGCCGGCCAUGCAAGCACCACAACCAAGCCCGUCCUCUCUUCACCAUGCCUCUUUGUCCGGUCAACAACGAAGAUCCAUUCGAUCCGUUCAUCGAGGCGCCAUCGCAACGCCUAACGCCUCCACACUCGCUGCUGCCAGCAUUCGACACUGUUCCUCACCGCUGCUUCGACGAUUGCACCAAACGUAAAAUUAUGAAUAAGUCACCGUCGCCCUGUAGCACUAUCAAAUCCCCCGUGAAACCAGGCUCGCGUCGUUCGCGCCGCGCGCGUCCAUCAUGCCCUAUCCUCGCCCGCCCAUCAGUAUCUCCGUUUGAUCAUCCCUGGACCUCUCUUCUUGACGACACCGCGCCUAUCACCGCGGUCUGGGAUGUCGCUGACCUCUCUCAGCUCAAAGUCCCCAAACGCGUCGACAUCUCGCCCGCGGACGGCCCUGGCCCCGACCGUCCACGCAAGAGAGCGCGUCGUUCGUCCCCCGUCAAGGCCGUUCCCCGCACACGCUCAUCGCAGGACACCGAGGCGCGACACGCUACGCCAGAGCCGGAGAUCAAGCUUAGGCCACACGUCUCGGGCGCCAGCGCGCCAGAGUCAGACGUCAUCUUCCCGGUCGACUCACGCGUUCUUCGCACGCCUCCACCGCGUUUCACUUCCCACAAAGAUGUCCAGUUUUGGAACCUGAUGCCUCUGAUGAGCCCUCGUCCAUCCGAGGACUGAGCACUCUCGCCCGCGCCGUCCUCUGCACACAACUUCGUCGUCCUAUGUAUACGCUUUGAUAGCCUCGCAGGGCUUGGCGACCGCCAGUCUCGAUGCUUCUUCUCCUGAUUAUCCAUGCUCUGCUUUCGCACACGCAUAUUGCUCAGUACCCAUCAUCCACGUACCAUCUUCACGGUUAAUACUUGCUUUAUCCCCUCUCCCCGAAUCCCCCUGUCGCCUGCUGCGUGGUCAAUACUGGCUCACCUUCUCGUUCGACGUAGUAUCAUUCCUUUCCUUACCUUCGCAUAUCUUUGAUACGUCACGCCUUGAAUUCCUCGGGUUGUUCGUCCCCCGACUUCCUUGCUUUAUAUUUGCACAUUUCUGCCCCAAACCAUUUCUUAUGGAUAUAUAUAUCUUAUAUAACGCUUCCAAUAUUCUUGCAGUAAUGACCUUGAUUUUUGCACCUUCGCCCCCUCCCCUUUUGCUUCCUUCGUGCUCCUCGCCGCCCACUCCAUAUCCAUGCCCGUGUUGCUGUAUCACCACUUUGAUUCACUCGUUACUUGCUUUGUUGAAAUGAUAUCGCAUAUCCCCACGUACGUAUCCCUACGUUGUUUGUUUUCUCGACGCACACCCACCGCCCCGCACAUCCUUGAAUUAUCCCUCCCGUUGCAUAGGUACUCGGUUGCAUACUUCUCAUACGUACUCCAUACGUACGCUCUAUUUCCCGUGUCGUAUAUUUGCACGUCGUGAUACCUUGUCGGUUGCCUCGUUUCGUAUCGCACAGACGCACUUGCUUACCGUUGUUACUCGUAGCUCACAUAUGCAUAUGAUGAUUCU